AUGGCUUUUCUCGCCCGUGCGACAUCUCGCCUUGGCUUUUCGACACUCCUGACCUCCCAGACGCAGGUGCGGCAUUUCCUUGCAGGACCACAAGUGCGUUUGGCCCACCGCGCUCCUCAGUUCACCGAGGAUCAAAUCGAGCAAAUCCGUCAACAUGAUGCGGUCUUGGCAGAGCAGAUUCGAAAGGCGCGGGACGCCGGUGUGAAGAUGACCUGGAAGGAGAGAAAUCACUGGCCGUUGUUGGAUGGGCAUGAUGCAUCAACAUUCGUGAAGCUGCAAGCUAGUGAGGGACCUCGGGACCUCAUUGAGCCCUUCAAGGUAAGCUUCAAGGACUGA